CAGGUCAAGUAAAAAUCAGCAAAGUAUAAUAAAAACCUUCGAAACCCCCAAUUCAUCCCCAACUGGUUUAAUUUGGACUCUUCUUUCGCUUCACUUUAGAGGAACUAACUUGAAUCUGAGGAGCAGUAGGAUCAAAACAGAGUAAAGGAAGAGGAGAAGAUGCAUUCUUUUGGAUACAGAUUAAAUGGUCUGCUGACAUUUGCGGUUACUAUUCUGGCACUAAUGUGCGUCAUCACGUCUCUCUCAGACAACUUCAAUACUCCCUCUCCGUCUGCAGAAAUCAAGAUUACAAACAUUAAUUGGUUCCAGAAGCAGCCACAAGGGCAUGAUGAGGUCAGCCUAACGAUGAAUGUAUCAGCUGAUUUGCAGUCAUUGUUUACUUGGAACACGAAACAGAUUUUCAUUUUUGUAGCAGCCGAAUAUGAAACCCUGAAGAAUUCCUUGAAUGAGGUCUCACUUUGGGAUGCUAUAAUACCUGCUAAAGAGCAUGCUAAAUUUUGGAUCCACACCUCAAACAAGUAUCGGUUUGUUGAUCAGGGAAACAAUCUCCGUGGCAAAAAAUUCAACUUAACGAUGCAUUGGCAUGUCAUGCCUAAGACCGGAAAGAUGUCUGCUGACAAAAUAGUCCUGACCGGUUAUAGUUUGCCAGAGGAAUAUAGAUAAGGUUUAAUUCAUUGUUAUGUUUUUGAGGUUGCUGUAACUUUAGCCUUCUCGAUAUGCGGAUAUUAUAGCCCUUUUGAACCUGUGAACUUGAGACCGAGGAUGUUAAUGCUAAGUUGAAUUAUAGAAGGCUUGAAACAUUGACAGUAAUGUUUGAAACAUUCAGAUUGAAAUAAGAAAGAAGCUUUCAAAUC